AUUGAAUCGGCAACUUGCUUUUUGUGAACCCCUUACCAAUAUUUUAUAUCCAGGCAGCCAGGCAGCUUCAGGUUUGUUUGUCUUCUUUCUAAUAUCAAAUAGGUACCUUUCAAUUGGUAAAGUCUGUAAGAAACCUAUUCAAUUGAUCUAUUUAUCCAAUAUACCAAAAAACAUCCAAGAAUUGACCGUAUUUCUAUGCCAUAUAAAUUGUACAUUUCAUUCCUGCUGUUCACCGAAACAAGCCGUGUUUGUCUCGGCCGAGUGCCUUGAAUCUUGGUGUCGAGAGCUGUAGGACGGCACUCAGCCGCGGCUAAAUCGGCCACCAUCUGCAUACUAAUUAGAGCAGCAAACCUGAAUACCGUCGCAGCAAAAGACAACCUCAUACAGGUAAAAUGCUUGUGCCACGACUAUAAGCACCUAGAUCCUCGACGCCUCCAAACAUAAUCUCGGGUGCUUAACCAAAGCCUCAUCCUACGGCGCAGCUGCGUAGCAUCGACUAUCACCCUCCAUACAUACAUAUACCAGCUUAGCCUAUGCUUCUUGCGAUCCUGAGAGCCUCGUGUCCUCGAUCAACUCUUCCCAAACUACCGAGACGUAUAGGCUACUCGACCACCACCAAGUCCACCAUGUCGACGACCUUCCCAUUCCACAUAAAAGAGCAUGUCAUCCCCUCGCAACACGUACGCGAGUACCCGCGCGCGACCUCACGCUCUCAAGAAGACGUGCUCUACAUCAGCAUAAAGCAAUACACACCGAUCGACAACCCAACCCCACAGCCCGGCGACAUCACCAUAAUCGGCGCGCACGCAAACGGUUUUCCAAAAGAGCUAUACGAGCCACUAUGGGCAGACCUACACGCGCAAUCCAUAGCCUCGCAGAAAGACGGGCACGGGUUCCGGAUCCGGGGGAUCUGGAUUGCGGACGUGACGAACCAAGGGUACAGCGGCGUGCUGAACGAGAACACGCAAGGCAACGACCCAUCAUGGCACGACCACGCGCGCGACCUACUACACAUGACGAACGUCUUCCGCGCCGACAUGCCACGCCCGCUGAUCGGGAUAGGCCACAGUUUCGGCGCCGCGAUCCUAACCAAGCUAUCGCUCCUCCACCCGCGCCUCCUCACGACUCUAGUCCUCCUCGACCCCACCAUAACCACAUUCUCUUUCCAGCGCAACGGGCCGGGCAAAUCCGCAGCGCGAGCCUCGACCUUCCGACGCGAAACCUGGCCUAGCAGAGAAGCAGCGAUCGAAUCCUUCAACAAGUCCGCCUUCUACCGAACCUGGGACCCGCGCGUCCUCGCCGCCUGGAGCCAACACGCCGUGCGCUCGACCCCCACCGCGCUGUUCCCCUCGACAUCGCCUACCUCCGACAAAGCCACCCUGCGCACGACUAAGCACCAAGAAGUAUUCACCUUCUUCCGACCUUUAUGGCCAUACGUCGACCAGGAAACCCGAACCAUCGACCGCGUCGGCGCGCCGGACUUCGACCCGGAGAUGCAAGAUAAACUCGUAACAUCCACGCUAACCCCCGAGAUAUUCCCCUUCUACCGUUCCGAGGGCCCCGAUAUCCUAAAGCACCUGCCCGAGGUACGACCCUCCGUAUUCUGGGUCUUCGGUGGCGACAGCGAGCUCGGAGUUCCUGAGGCGCGGAAACAGAAGACCGAGGCGUGCGGGACGGGCGGUGGGGGAUCCGGUGGAAUCGCUGCGGGUCGCGUAGAUUCGGUAGUUAUGGAGGGGAGGGGGCAUUUAUUCCCCAUGGAGAUUCCCACAGAGUGUGCGCGGCAUGCCGCUGUUUGGAUAGGGAAGGAGAUGAGAUGGUGGCGGGAACAGGAGCGUGAGUACGAACAAUGGACCAAGUUGCCGGCGCGGGAGAAGACCACAUUGAGCGAGAAAUUUCUCGAUAAUGUUGGUCGACCACCGGCGAGGAAGGGGAAUGGGACCGUAGUGGGCAUUGAGUCCAAGUUGUAGAAAUUACGACGUGGGAUGCCUAGCAUAUACCAUUAUCCUCUUCAAGGCACACAUACCCAUUUCAAUUUAAAGAAUUGUCAUUAUCACAUAUAACCCUUGUUUUUUUUAAUGAAAUGAGGUGUUGUAUUAAGACUUGCAGUGCGUGGCGACGAAGUAGCUAGACACC